AUGUUCACAUUACAAUAUAUAUCUUCUAAUAUAUGUGCCAAGCCAUUUAUGGCUUUCAUAAUGCUAGUGAUAUUAUUUACGACUUCGAUUGGCUGUUAUUUAGAGUUGAUGGUUUAUUUAUGUGCAGCUGUUUUGUUGCAAGCUGAUCACUUCAAAAUGUUGACAAAUGAUACAAAUGAGACAAUUGAGCAUGUUUUAGUUAGGAGUGUAAUUGAAAAGAGACCUUUUAAAUAUGCAGAUGAAUCGUCAUUAUAUGCCCAUGUUUGGCAAGAAAUAAUAACUGAUAUUAACAUAUUAGUAAGGGCCAAAUAUAAUAAUAAAUAUUAUCACUUGGGAAGCAUUGAAGAUACAAAGGAUAGAUUUUUUGGUAUCAUGAAUAGUUCUUCACGUUCACUUCGGACGAAAAAGGAUCCUUCAACAGUCAACUUUACCGAUUGGGAAAAGACCUUAUUGAUUGCAAGAAAUAUAUACGAAGAAGACUCUUGUAAUGAAAAGUGUGACGAAAAGUAUUGA